AUGAAUGCUCCAAUCGCACACGUUGACAAUGAAUUACAACGUCGUCGUGCAGCUUUGGCAGGUGAACCAGGUGUGAAAGGAUUAAUGCAAAAUGCACGUACGACGGCCAUAGCAGUCUUUGCUUCCAUGGGUGGUUUAGUCUAUGGUUAUAAUCAAGGAAUGUUUGGUCAAGUUUUGAGUAUGAAUUCGUUCAGCAGAGCUGCAGGUACAGACGGAAUCAGCAAUGCAACAUUAGCCGGUUUACUCACUUCUAUUCUCGAAUUGGGUGCCUGGGUUGGUGUUUUGUUGAAUGGUUAUUCGGCUGAUAAGCUUGGUCGUAAGUUAUCUGUAGUCGUCGCUUGUGCUGUUUUCGUGAUUGGUGUAAUCGUUCAAGCUUGCACAAGUGGUGGUAAAUACGAUACCAUCCUUGGUGGAAGAUUUAUUACUGGUUUGGGCGUAGGAUCCUUGUCUAUGAUUGUACCAUUGUACAAUGCUGAAUUGGCACCUGCUGAAAUUCGUGGUGCUUUAGUCGCUUUACAACAAUUGGCAAUCACAUUCGGCAUCAUGAUUUCUUAUUGGAUCACAUACGGCACAAAUUUCAUUGGAGGAACAGGUGACUCACAAUCAAGAGCAGCAUGGUUAGUUCCAAUCACGAUUCAAAUCUUACCUGCACUCAUCUUGGCUAUUGGUAUAAUGUUCUUACCUCAAUCUCCACGUUGGUUAAUGGAUCAAGGACGUGAUGAAGAAUGCUUGCAAAUCAUUGCAAAUUUGAGACGUCAAUCGGUUGACUCUCCCUUGGUUCAAUUGGAGUACUUGGAACUAAAAGCACAAAAGUUAUUCGAAACUCGUAUUUCUCAACACGAUCACCCUGACUUGCAAGAUGGAAGUGCUUCGAGCAACUUCAAACUUGGUCUUGCCGGUUACAAAAGUUUGAUCACCAAUCCAUCUAACUUCCGACGAACAAUGAUUGCCACCUUGACGAUGACUUUCCAACAAUGGACUGGUGUCAACUUCAUCUUAUACUAUGCUCCAUUUAUCUUCAAAGGCUUACACUUGGCAGGUAAUACCACCUCUUUGCUCGCUUCGGGUGUCGUUGGUGUUGUGAUGUUCUUGGCUACCAUUCCUGCGGUUAUGUAUCUGGACAAAUGGGGUCGUAAACCAACUUUGAUUGCAGGUGCCAUCGUUAUGGGAGCUUGCCACUUUAUUGUUGCUGGUAUCAUUGGUCAAUUUAACGAACGUUGGAACUCCAACAUGGUAUCUUCUUCCACCAAUUCUGCCGGUUGGGCUGCCGUUGUUUUCAUUUGGAUCUUCGCAAUCGGUUUCGGUUUCAGUUGGGGACCAACCGCAUGGGUCGUCGUUGCUGAAGUGUUCCCACUCGGUCUUCGUGCAAAGGGUGUUUCAAUCGGUGCAUCUUCCAAUUGGCUCAACAACUUUGCCGUCGCAAUCUCCACUCCCAAAUUCGUUGCUGCUGCACCUUACGGAGCAUACAUCUUUUUGGGCUUAAUGUGUGUCAUUGCAUCCGUUUGGGUCUACUUUGUCGUUCCUGAAACCAAGAACAAAAGUUUGGACGAAUUAGAUGCCGAAUUUGGUGAUGAAUCAGGACGAUCAAAGAUGGAAGCAGAAAUGAUGCUCCAAGCUCAACGUGAUGUCGGUUUGCUCUCUGUUGCUGAUAUCGAACCAAGCGCUCUUCACGAAAAGUCUGGUUCCUCUAUCGAUCAUCAUGAAGAAAAGGAAAAGAUUGGUACUCCCUGA